UGGACAACUUUUAGUUUUUGCUGUUGGUUCGUGGUACACUCCUCGCUCGUAUUAACACUCACUGCAAAAAGAUAAUAACAAUAAUUUUAUGUAGUCUAGCAGAGCUUGAUUCACAGGUAGCAUCAUUUCAACUAACCUUAAUUAAGCUAUUAUUUACUCUUGGUUUAACGAUUUAUUAGACUUUAUGAUUACUUGUAUUCGCUGCAUCUACAUAACAUAUAUGUGCCGUAUGGUGUUAUAAUUGAGACGAGUUUACUGAUCCAGAGAGGAUAGUUGAAUUGAAAGUGUGUGUUACGUUAAAAGUUUCGACUUAUUGUAUUGGUGAUUUAAGUCGUGUAUACUCCAUAUUUAUUCGCCAACAUGGAGCGAGGAAUCUAUAAACGAAUUUUACACUGUGGUUUGGUUAUCGCGUCAUUGGUCAUAGUGAGCGCAAUACCGGUCGAGGAAGAGCUAAGGAUCUCACCCAAGGAGCUGGCUGCUUUGCAACAGUACAAGCAAAUUAUCCUUCCUAGACUCAAGCACGACUAUAUGAAGACAGACCUCUAUCUAAUAAGGUUUCUCAGGGCUGCUAACUUGAAUUUAAAGGACGCUGAGCAGCGUAUGAUUGAUAACUUAAAGUUUCGAGAGGAGAAUAACCUUGAAGGGAUACUUAGUGAGGAUUGGUCCGAUAUAGAAAACGACUAUCCAUACAGUACAGACACCGUAGACAAGGAAGGACGACCAAUUGUCUCAUUUUCCCUGGGUGAUUGGGACUUGCGGAAGGGCAUUGUCCAAGGAAAACGUGACCGUGUGAUCCGCUACUUGGACAAGGCUUUCGAGGACGUUGCUCUCCAAAUCCGGGAGAAACAGGCGAGAGGAGAAAAUGUGACGCAGGCCAUUUUUCUGAUCAACCUGGCUAAUUUUAAUUUGGCUCAACAAGGAUGCUUUCAAUGUUUGCCAACAAUUUAUCAGUACUUUCUCCACCAAGUACACUUCCCAAAUCUUUCAGAUAAAAUUAUCCUAGUGAAUACUCCAGGGUUGUUUGAAACCGUGCUUCAACUCCUUCAGCCCAUCAUGGCUCCAGAGACAAGAGUUGCGCUGAGAGUUUUUGGUCCAGAUAAGGACAAGUGGCGAAAUUAUCUGUACUCCUUAGUAGACAAGAAUCAACUUUAUACAGAAUUCGGUGGAACACGACGACAUCCUUAUUAGCUAAAUAAAGUUAUCAAGUGAAUAGGAUGCUUCGAACAUACGAUUACAGAUACUGAUAGUUAUUAUUACGAAGUAUACAUUUCAGACCAAUCUCCAAUUGAUACAUUAAUUUUCAAUAUUCAAAAAACAAAUGGUCAAUGUCAAGUUCUUACCAAGUGAACUAAAUAAAUAAUAAUACAUUCACUUCAUACAAA